AAAUCUAAUCUAAAUGUCUGCUCAUCAUUUUAACUCAAUCCUUAAGAACACAUCUGCAGUCACACUUACACUAUAAUUUAAUAACAAAUAGGCGUAGCCUACAUUUGAUUUAAUCUUAAACAUUAUUUUGCCAUAAUUCAAAUUUGCAUGUGCAUUAGUUUUAAAUUAAUUUGUAAAUUUGUUGAUUUUACGCUUUUUUGUUGAAAUAUUUUGAUGAGGUUUUCCACUCGUACUUGGAUAGGCUUAAGGCAUGUCGUCAUUAACGGUUAACCUCCUUUUCUCCCGGAAAGUUCCCCGCACCUUCCUGUCUCUGUUGGACACUUUCAACAGCAAAAACGGCCUUAAAAUUAAGCCUUUUCUUAUCCCACAGGGUGACUCGUCAAUAUUUCAGCCCCGAGAAGUGUCAAACAGGAAGUUCGAGAUGACUGAUGUUUCAUGUGGCAAAAGAAAGAAGAGAAAGUUGGCACCCAAAGCCCCAAAGUGCCCAUCUGAAUCUUCCAAAGUCAUCCUGCUCAAUUCGUCCCUUCUCCUUCUGGAAAUCCCCGCUGACACCAACACCAGCCUCCCGGUGUGGGAUGCUGUGAGAUCCCUGAAAGUUGGUGUCACCUGGACGGUCGACCCCUACAGUAUCAGUAUCAGCUUAACACCUGUGACUGCGAAGCCAGAGGACCUUACAACUUCCUGCAAGAGUGAAAGCACAUCCAACACGGCAGAGACAUCCAGAUCUUCCUGCAGUACCCUUCAGCCCAAGAUCCAGAACACCUCCUGUGUGUUUCUUACUUUCUCCCAAAGCUCCCUGCAACCACCGUUCCACACAUAUCAACCAAGCCCUAAUAUAGUCAACCCGAUUUUUGUUUCUCUGCCUCUCAUCAUCAGUCAUUCUCCACAAGGUCAUCAGUCUGGCACCAUUAUGACUAAAAAGCCCCCAUCUGCUAGCCAGACACCGACAAAUGUUUCCGGUGACCUAGUGGUCCAGUUCAAAAUGCCCAAGCUUUUCCCGUUUCACACAAAGAUCUCCCCUGAUGUCCUCAUAUGUGACAACUUCCUUCUGGGCUCAUGUGAUGCAGGGGUAAGGUGUAAGAUGCACCACACUCCUUAUCCAUUUCACUGGCAGCUGUGGUGUUUACACACCCACCAGUGGAUCGACCUGUCGCCUCGCGCUCAGGUCUUACUGGAGAGGAUCUACUGUUGUGCUGAUCAGGGCUUUGUUACCCUCAAAGAUGGGCAAACCUGCUACACCCUGAACUUUGAUUCAAUGGAGUUGGACGAUCUCUCAAAGUACGAUGGAGUUAGGCGACUCACAAACUCGGAGAGCGCAGAAAGCAAUCCUUAUUUUCCAAGCAGGUGGAAAAUCUACUGGUGUGAUGAUGUCGACUUCAAAGAGUACAAACCGGAUGUGUCUGCCCUACUUCUGAAGAAGAUGAGUGAAAAGGAGCCAAUGUGUUCCUUCAACAUCGGUGCGCAGAAGUACGAGGUAGACUUCACCGGUAUGACCCAGACCAGAGUCAGCACAGGGUUCCAGAGAGAAAUUCGUUGCAGGCCUGCCUACCGCUCACCAGAACUGAUGCAUCCUCACCUGAAGACUAAAAUCCAGUCUGCCUCUGCCCACCCUGACAACAAUGCUGCUGGGGCCAACUUCAGCAUAGAUCCUCUGCAGGAGUUCAGCUCUUGGUACCCUCCAGUCUGGCAUCAGGCCACAGAGGAGGAUUACCGCCUGGUAGAUGUUCCUGCCGGGACCCGGGCUUACCAGAGCAUCAAGAACGUCUUCCAUGAAAACUUGCCAGAGACCAAGAUUGAUGUCGUCAGCAUCCAGCAGGUCCAGAACUUGCUGCACUGGGAUAAGUACCAAAGGCAGAAGACUCAUAUGCAGAAGCGCCAACCCAAGGGUCAGGGACCUCUGGAGAAACAUCUCUUCCAUGGGACCUCCAAGGAGGCCUCACAGAGCAUCUGCCUCAACAGCUUUGACCCCCGAGUGGCCGGGCUUCAUGGCCACUCGCACGGGUUUGGCUCCUACUUUGCUACCAACGCAUUAAUGUCCCACGGCUACACAGAAGCAGAGGAGUCGGAGGGGGUGGGCUACAUGUUCCUGGCAAAAGUCCUGGUGGGAAGAGUUUGCUUGGGAAAAUAUUUCUACCGGCGCCCACCCGACACCAAGGCCAAUCUUUACAAUGCCUGUGUUGACAACAAGCGAAACCCUGAGAUGUUCAUAGUGUUCGAUAGCUGCCAGUGCUACCCUUACUACCUGAUCAAAUACAAAAACCUUCCUGCAGAGGUUAAUAUUCAUGAGUAAUGAGAUUUAAUUCAAAACCGUUUCAGACAGAAACCAUGUUCCUGUUCAAGGUACUUUAUGUGCAGCAAGUAGAAAUGUUCUUUGCGGUUGCAGAAAAUGUUCAGUUUGUUAACAUUAAAUAUGCAGCUCUGCAAAACAGUGAGGAUUUAAGCAGGUGACAAAAACAUCUUAAAACGUGAUUUGUUUUCACAAUGCUUUUAUUUUAGCGUUUUGAAAGAAAUUACAUUAGUGGAAAUAAGCAAUGUUAAGUUUCCUUUUUUUGACUUGCUCAGAAUCAAAUUGAAGUGUUUAUAAAAAUAGUUUUCAGUCAAUAAAUUGAUGUUCAAGUAUAAUUAAAUAUAAAACAGAAUAAUUUAGCAAUUGUUAUGUUACUGGUUCUAAUAAAGCUGUAUAUCGGACUGAGUUUCUCAAAUAUUUCCAACUGGAAUGUGUUUCACAAAACUUGCAGAAAGAGAAAUAAAAAUUCCAAACAUUUCUAUAAAUUAUAAUUUCUCUAAAGUUUAUUGGACCAUUUGCCAUUUAGCGGACAACAAAACAACAAUUUGAGUUUUGAUGAAAGUCAUUUCUGAAGUAUUUGUAGCAGUUUUAUAACCAAGCAAACUAUAUGGUUUGCAUGUUUGUGAGGAGAGUAAUCGCUGUAGAGCUCUAAUAGGUCAUUGUGUGAGCAGGGAAAUCGAACAUCAGCUGCUGUCCGACCUCUGAAAGUUCAUCUUCAGUAAGAUACCCCAGAAACGUUUUACUUGAAAUGGUUUUUUCUGUAGCAACAGUUAUCUUUCCGAUAAGUGUCCCCUCCCGCUGUACAUUAUUCUGGAUGAACAACUGUUCAGAAUAUUUACUGAGGACCCAGACCCAUAUGAACAGAAAACUAAUAAAUGAGGCAAUUUUAAUCAAUUAAAAUGUCAUUUUAAUCGAUUAAAAUGUCAUUGGAGUGGACAGAUACAACUGCAAUCAUUUUCAAAAUUCAAAUGAUUGUACAGGUUUGAAUUUAUUAGGAAUUUUUUCUAAUCCGGUCACAAUUGUAGCUAAAUGCUCAAAUAAAAACAUACACCGACUGAUAUUUAGAUAAACUAGCUUUGGCAAGUUGCUGCGAUAUCAAACGUUUUUCUAUAACCAUCGGCAUGGUCACUCACAUGAAUCUGGCUGGAUAUUUGACCACUCUUCCUACCAGAAGUGCACCAACCUGGUUUUAAGCAUAGACCUCAGAUUUUUAAAUGAGGUUGAACUCCAGAUCAUUCCAGAUGCUUAAGGUUACACUGCCCUGUCCAUGACGGAACCAGUUUAGAUGUGUCGUUUAUUCCUGUCUGACUGGAGCACCUAAUUGUGUGCAAGGUUCAACUUGCUCACGGGUGAUUUAGGGUGAAAUUGAAGAAUUUGGAGAUAGCUGUCAGUCUUCAUUAUUCAAUCCACAGCUAGGAAAACAGACCGAUAACAUGAUGCUACACCUACCUUGCUUGACAGCUGAUAGUGUCCUCUGGAUUGAAAGCUUCACCAUAACUCCUUAAUACAUUUCUCCAAUUAACUUUACAAACUUCUGCUGAACGAACGGCAAAAUAUAAUGUCAGCAUUACGUCAUAAGGUAAGGUAAGGUAAGUUUAUUUAUAUAGUGCUUGUUGAUGAGUGCAAAACAUAUGGGGUCAUCAUGAUAAAGCCCAUUCAAACAAAUAUUAGUAGCGGUGUAUGUAUACAUUUAGGCUUGUAUGUGUAACUUUGACCAUAUUUACAGAUUAGACAAAGGUUUUCAAUAAAUUUAAACUUGUGUUCCUGUAUGUUGUUUAUCUAUUCUAUGAGGACGGCAUGUAAACCUCUGACAGGAACUGUAGGCUUCACCUAACCUUGAAAUGAGGUAUCAACACAGCUGAUUAUCAUGAACAGAAAAAAGAACUUGUUUGGCUCAACCAAAUAAUACCUAUAUAAGAUUA